GGCUGGUAACACACGCACACGCACACGCAAUUACACGCAGCGCCGGCAGCACCGCUGUGACCGGGCUGGAGGGCUCAACAAACCGCUUCACUGGAUGACAUUGACGCGAAUGAUCACCAAGGACACGCGGCACAGAAACUGCACAGCCAUGCCGUUUGUGAAUCUGCAGGACAGGCUGGGAGUGAACAUUGACAAGUGGCUGCUGGCUCAGAGCGGGGAGCAGCCGUACAAGCGCACGGCGCGGUGCCACGCCUUCGAGAAGGAGUGGAUUGAGUGCUCCCACGGGAUCGGCCAGACCAGGGCGCGCAGGGAGUGCAAGCUGGAGUUCGAGGACUUCUACGAGUGCAUGCACCGCCAGAAAACUCACAAGCGUCUGUAUGAGAUGCGCACUCAGAAGGAGAAGCUGAUGAAGGAAGGAAAGUACUCGGCCCCUGAUCACCACACCGGCAAAGAGGAGCCCCGGCCCUGAGGGGAGCCCCCUGGUGGAGGAGUGGCGCCGCUGCAGCCCGGGAUCAAACACACUGCCCACAUCUACAGGGCUAGUAGUGCUGUUAAUAAACUCUGCUAAAUAACCUU